GGCGGCGUACGGACGUGCCGUAGGUUUAAGUUUGUUUGCUAAUGUUAGCCGUAUUAUCAGCAGAAUUAGCUUAUUUUUUGUGCUCCUUAGUCCGGGUUAACGAACAGUGAAGACGGGGAACGACUGUCGAGUCGCACUGCAAGGUUUCACCAGCCAGGACAAACUGUGGUUUGUGUUGCAUUCCAAGCAGCUGGAGUUCAAACUUUAGGAGAAUGAAUAUUGGCUCUAAAAGUAAGAAGCGGAUGUUGCUGCCCAGCCGUCCUGAGCCCCCGACCGUGGACCAGAUCCUGGAAGACCUCGACAGAGCUGCUCCUGAUGACCCCAUCUUCAGCAUCCUAGAAAAGACUGGACAAGACGUGCCCCGUGCCGCAGACAGCGAGGUGGAGCAACGGUUCCAACAGUGUCGUCGAUAUCUGGAGCUGAACAAGGAGCUGCAGGAGGCUCGGGACCGGCUGGUGCAGCAGAGGGAAGAGCUGAAAGCAGCAGGAGAGCAGGCAGACAGAGAGGUGGAAGAAGUCAAAAGUCAACAACUGUGAUUUGACCUUCCCUGUUGGACAGACUCUCCUUGUCAUUCGUGGUCUGGCUCGGUUUCACUGAAGUCUUCUCAAACUCACUGACUCGGCACAAACCUGCGCUGGUGCCACUGCGUCAGGCGCACAGCACUAGCUGACCUCUAACCCCAGAGCAGAAGUACAUGAUUUUGUAUACCUAAGGAUUGUUGGAGAUCAAGACUACUUCACAAUAAGUCUGAUGCUGAGCAAAGCUUUAAAUGUGAAGCAACAUGAAGAGUUUGAUGUCAAUCAUUACUAAAUUAUAAUGAGUAUAGUUAAUGUCUGUCAUGUAGCAGUUUAAUAUUUCACAUUGUUCCAGGUGUAUGUUAACUCAGAUUGAAAUAAAUGUUGAUGUAAUGGAUCAAGCAAAAGUGCCAGAUUACAUAUUGUAAAGGGAAAAAUAAAUGAUCAGAGUUGUUUGGUUAAUUGGUAUCUUAAAGAAAGCAAGAAAGCACCUUGUCUUAAGAAUUGUUGCCCAAAUUACAUUUACUGCCAGUUUGUUGUUUCUACGGGUUCCUGUAGGUCAUUAAGGCUUUAAUUCAAAAUCAAGAAAAAGAAUGCUGUAAAAUCCCCCUCCUCCCACCAAAUAAAAUAAAAAUAAAAAUAAAUUAAUGGUUGUAUUUAGAGAUGAUGUAUGUUUGACAUUUGACUUUGAAAGUCAUUUUUUAUAAAGAAGCUGUUGUUUGAA